AGUUCGAAAAGAUGUUCCAUAUCAUAAAGAAAGACUGGGAAUUGUUAAACGAUAAGAGCGAAGCGCAAAUUCUUAAGGAAAUUACUAAAGAAGGAAAGAAGCUUGGUGAAAUAUAUAGAAGUAAUUGUUGUGGCUUAUUUUUUGAUAAAUUUUACACAUUGACUAUGUUUUUAUAUACCAACAUUUUUCAUAAUUUUUAUACAAAUGAUGUUAUUAAUAUUAUUUUCAGCUUUUAUGUUAUCAUGUAUGUCAGGAUUUAUAAUUAUUCCAUUGUCCCCUGUGAUCUUGGAUAUCAUCUCACCGCUCAAUGAAACUCGUCAUCGAGAACAAAUGUUUAGAGUAACAUACUUUCUAGAUGACGAUCAGUACUUUUAUGCUAUAUAUUUUCAUUCACUUUGGUGUGCAUUCAUAAUAACGAUGAUUGCAGUCACUAUCGAUUCAUUAUACAUACAAAUUGUUCAUCAUGAUAGCGCCUUAUUUGCCAUAUGUGGGGCCCUCAUAACAGCACGAAAAUCUACUGAUGUUGACACAAAUGAAACUUACACUGAAUGGCUCAGGCAGUGCUUGACUAUGCAUAACGAUGCCCUCCAAUUAUUCGAAAUGCUAGAUGACAGCAGCCGUAGAAGCUACUUUUUUCAAAUUUUACUGACUAUGAUCGGCAUGACCGUAACAGCCGUACAAGCCGUUAUGAAUCUCCAUCAACCUGAAGAAGCUCUCAGAAUUGAAAAAUCAUCAGUUCGGUAUAACAUCUGUAUUAAUCUUAUAUCUAAUAGAUACCGCUCAAUGUGGUACAACAUGCCAAUAAAUGUUCAAAGAAUACUUCACAUGAUGCAAAUGAGAUCUAGUAAACCAUGUAAGUUGACAGCAGGAGGGAUAUACGAAAUGAACAUAGAGAAUUUUGGAACGGUACGUACUUUGCAGUGUUAGGUUUAUAAUUAUUUUGUUGUACUUUAAAUAAUGAUAUAAUAAUAUUUUUUAUUUUAAGACAUUUAAAACAUGCGUAUCGUAUUUUACGGUUCUCCUAUCCUUGGGUGACUGAUUCGUUUUCAAAAUGAAUUCGACUUGUUCCGUAUGUUCAAUUUAUAAGAUUCUCCGGAAGCUAACCAUUGGUAUUGAUGUGGUAAUGUGUAUCUAUUAUACUUUUUAUGGUGUUAUUAAUAUUAAAUGUGUACAAGGCGUACAAUGAAAUAGUGUUUACAUAGAAUACUAGCAUCGAAUAAUUAUAAGCACACAUAAAUAAAAUCACUAUAUACCUCAUUUCUUCUUUCAUAUUAUUGCUUGAACAUGACAACAAUAUUGUUUCUCUUUUUAAAUAAAUUUUGAUCACUUCAAUAUCAUCAAAUGAAGAUGACAUUUUGUAUUUCACGUUCAUAGCUAUAUCUUUGCGUGUAAAGGCACAGUGUUUAGAACAAAACGAUAUUUAAACAGUGUUUAGAACUCUAACAUGAUACCGAAAGAAAGGAUUUGAAUUAAGAAUGAGAUUACGAAAACAAACAAGACGAGCAUAACACAGCAAGAAAGAUUAUUGUAAGAAUUAAAUUAAAUUAAACUCACACAAAAUCCACUAAACUGAACUUGAUGUAACUUAACAGCGGCGAUGAAAUAAAUAUGAGCACGUACAAUUAUUUCGAUUAAGAAUAUUAAAGCGAGCAUGAUUAUUUAACUUGGUUUCAUGCGACGCAAAGCCUGUAUCCUGCGGCUACUAACAUCUCGUAAUGAAAGAUAUUGCAUCGUUCUUUCUACGUCUGUCGCCUGUUUUUGCCAAGCGUGAACUGGUGGUAUAAGUACUACUUUGUUUCUGUCUGAAUCGAAUCGUUCCGCAACGUUGCGUACUUGUACGGAUAACAUAACUCAAACUACACACUACAAAAGCGAAGCACCACCGAUGAACACAUUGAUAUUACCCGACUUGUGGUCUAUGACCCGAACGUGAUAAAAGAACAGUUCGCGACGAUUUGGACGGUUUGACCCUAACUUGAGCCAACGCUGUCCAAAAUUGUCUCCCGGGUGAUAAACGCUGUUCCCACCAUCGUGUCGUUUUAACGAAUACGUCGCACAUUUCAUCUGUUAAGACGUUAUGGCUAACUGCUUAAGGUAAAAAGUGUAAAAACACGUUACUAUCACGUCAUAGCACGUGAUUUCACAUAACAUUCGAAAAGCGUAAUCCGAUACAUUCGACAUGCGUCAUGCUGUUUAUAUGCAAUACGCUAUGUGAUAGUAUGUGAUUUCACGUGAUGCGAUAGUAAUGUAUUUCUACUUUUAGUGUUAUGCGGUUUCUCUGAACAACGCAAAAGAAUGGUGGA